CCUCCGAGUUGAACGAUUUACAUUCUGAAGAAUUAUGACGCUUCAUGUUGAAAGCCGAAAUUCUUCACAAGUCAUGAGGACGAUAUCUCCUCUAACAACAAGAACAACAACUAUCAUAGGAACGUGGAAUGUCUGGACAAUGUGGGACACCGACACAACCAGUCAUAUAGCUGAAGAAACGAGAAGAUACAACCUGGUGAUUAUCAUAACAAAUGAAACCCAUUUCACUCAAACCGGAACGAAAAUACUAGAUUUGGAUGAGAUGUUGUUGUACUGUGUUUACAAAGAAGAAGAUAAAACACAAACACCGGGAUUUGUAUUGACAGUGUUCGAAGAAUCACGAAACGCAUCAACAGGAUGUGAAUCCUAUGGAUUCAGGAACAUCAAAUAUCCUUCAAAACAAAGAAAGAUAGCGCUACAAAGGAUGUUAUUUGGUGCUAUGCACUCCCUAGAGAUAGCAGUGGAUAUGAUGAUCAGUUUACGAGAAGCUGCAACCGAUCAUAGCGAAGUAUUCAGGAAAGUACUUUACCAUCCUGAUGGUAGACCUAAACGCCAAAAUGGGAAUGGACAACACCGAAUAUGAUGAUACAUUAGGAUGAAACGGACUGACAGGGAGGAAGGAACGAGAAUGGUGAGAGAUUCGCAACUUUAUGAUCAUUCAACAAAAUGGUUAUAGGUGACACAAUAUUCUCUCAUAAUUGCAUACACGAAGCUACAUGGGUCCCACCAGAUCACACUACAGAAAAUCAGAUCGAUCAUAUUUGCGUCACCAAAAAAUUCAGGUCAGUGGAAGACAUGAGAAUAAGGAAUGGAUUUAAAUCACCACCUGGUUGUAGUUAUGAUGCAACUGAAGCUAUCGGAGCACUGGACAACUGGACAAACAGUAUUACAAAGGUUUACUACAUCCUUCAUUCGAAAAACUCAACGAUUUCAAAAUAGCUCUCAUAGAGUAGUUAC